AUGUCUAUAAAAAUUUUGUUCAUUGCUUUAAUUUGCAUUAAAAUAAUUUUAUUUAAAAUUACUUAUGAAGAACAUAUACCAUAUUCUAAUAAUGCAUCUUUAAUAGGUCACAUAAAUUUUAUUAUUCCUAUAUCAAAUUUAAUAAAUAAUUAUAUUCUUCUUUCAAGUUUUAAUGGAAAUGUAGCAUUACUAAAUUAUAAAACAGGUAAACCACAAUAUGUAAAAACUCAUAAAGAAGAUGAAAAAAUAAAAAAACUAUAUGGUAAUGAAAAAUAUGCAAUUGCAUUAAUUUAUAAAAAUAACUUAGAAAAAGAUAUAAACGGUAUUUUCAUAAAUGAUGAAAAUAUUUAUUCUUAUAUUAAUGUGUAUAAUAUUGUAAAUUCAUAUUUAUUGAGCGUUUUUGAAUAUAAGAAUGAAAUAAUAGAAGAUUUUUUAAUAAAAGAUGAACAAAUAGUUAUUCUUUUUAAUAAUAGAAUAGAUAUUGGUAAUAUAAUUGAUAAUUCAAUAUAUUCAAUAUAUUUUAAAGAAUUAAAUUUGAAUUCAAUUUAUUUAAAAGUAAUUUUAUUGGAAGAUAAUAUUGUAACCUUAUUCUAUGUAGAUAAGGAUUUAUAUUGUUAUAUAAUAAGUAUUGAUAAAUUAAAUAAGAAUAUUAUCAAUUUAAAUAAGAUUGAAGAACUAAGAUUAAAUAACAAAAUUAAUUAUUACGUGAGUGUAUAUAAUAAAAAUGUAGUGAUCAUAUAUAAUAAAAAAUAUUUAUACUGGAUAGAAUUAACAAAUGAAGAAAAAAAAUAUUAUUAUAAUUAUAUGAUUAUAAAUAAUAAUGAUGAAGAGAAUAUAUUUAAGAAUGAAAUAAUAGAAAAUAAUAAAUUUAUAAAAGGAGAUGAAAUGGAACAAUGGUAUACUAGUAAUUAUAUUGUUAUUGAUGUAGGGGAAUAUAAAUUAAUAUAUAAUUAUUUUGAUAAAAAGAUGAAUUUUAUAAAAAAGGUAACAAAUGGUGAAAUUGUAGGAUACUAUGUUAAUAAAUAUAAUAAAAAAGAAAUGAUAUUCGCAAAAGAUGAAAACAAUAAAAUAAUUAUUAAAAGUACAAAUGAAAUGGAAAAUGAAAAAGCAUUAAAUAUAUUAAAUAAAAGUAAUAAUAUUUAUUAUAAUGGAGAAAUUAUAGUAGGUAUAUAUAACUCAGAAGAAGAGAAAAAUUAUUAUUUUAGUGUAUAUAAUGAUUCAUCAUUCACUGUGUAUAAAGAAAAUAAUGUUUUUUAUUCAAGAGAAGAAUCAUUAGCAUAUAUUGAUCAAUUAUAUUUUUACAAUUUUCAACACUUAAGAAAAAAUAGCAUAAAACAUUCGUAUAAUAUUCAAUUACAAAUAUUGAAUGAUUUAAAAAAAUAUAUAAAAAAUAAAAUAACUUCAUUUAAUAAGCCCUUUAUAGAAGAAAUAGUUAAAAAAAAAGAAGAUUCUUCUCUAUUUCCUUUCAACUUUUUUUAUUUAUCAAUUGAAGAAAAAAUGAAUUUAUUAAAUAUUUGUAAUAAAAAAAAAUUAAAAAGUGAUGUCUUAAUUAAUUCUAAAAAGGAAACAAACAUUUAUGAUAAAAAAAAUACUGACUAUAAAUUUACCAUGAUGAAUAGUAUGCUUGAGGAUUCUUUUACAAGAUUUUCUCUUCAUCAUAGUAGUAAAUAUGCUGGAAGUUCUGUUAUUCUUGUAUCCACUUGUAAUAAUAUAAUUUUUGCUUUUCAUUUAUUUACUGGUUUGAUUUUAUAUAAAAUUGAUGGAAAUAAAUUUCAAGGAAGAGGAAUGUUUUCAUUAAAAAAACAUUUAUGUUCCUUUAGUAUGAGUAAGAAUAAUUGGUCAGAAAUUGAAAAUGGUAAAAAAUUAAUAUUUAUAAAUAAUAAUAAUAAUAAUAAUGACAGUAAUAUUAUUUUAAAUUCAAAGAAUGAAUUACAUGUAUUUAAAAAAUUUUCAAAAGAGUCAGUGAUAACUAUUUUUAAAAGUGAUAAGAGUUCAUAUAUUUUAAUAUUUGAUAUAUUAUAUGGGGAUAUUAUAUUUGAAAAAAAAAUAGAUUCUUUUUUAAUUCAGAAUUAUUUUGUUCUUAAAAAAAGUUCUUCCAUUAUAGCUAUUGAUAAUUUAUUAAAUAUUAAAAUUGUAAAUGUUUUCAAUAAUGAGAUAGAUGAAGAUAUAAAUGAAAAACACCUUUUUUUUUAUAAUAUAAAUAUAUCACAAAAUUAUAUAGAAGGGUAUAGAUUAAUUAAUUCAAGCCAAAAAAAAAAUGAUCAAAAUAAAUUAAGUUUAAUAAAAACCUAUUCAAUAAAUAUAAAUGAUGAGAAACUUGAACUUUUCGCAAAAUCAAUAACAAAAAAAAAUAUUUUUUUCCCCAUUAAAAUAAAUAAAGAUGCUUCUAUUUCUUAUAAAUAUAUUAAUGAUAAUAUAAUAUCAUAUAUUACAAGAAUUAAAAGUAAAGAAAAUAUUAUUUACACCUUAUAUGUAGUUGAUGGUAUUAGUGGUAGUCUUAUAUACUCAAAAAUAUUAGAUAAAUAUAGCAAGCCCCCUUUUCAUGUGGUUAUAAAUGAAAAUUAUGUUAUUUUAAAUUAUUUUAAUGAGAAUUUAAAUAAAUAUAUAUUUCAUAUUAUUGAAAUAUUAUUAGAUAAAAGUGAUCCAGGAUUUCUAAGUAUAAUAACGUCUAAAAAAGAAAAAUUUGUUGAUUUAUUUGAUGAACAAAAAAUUGUAAUUAAUGAAAAAAAUUAUAUAAUAGAUCAUAAUGUAAAAUCAUUUAAUUUUACUGAAACAAAAAGAGGAAUUACCAAUAAACAUUUAUUACUUUUACUAGAUACUAACAAAAUUUCUUCACUUAAUAUAACAGAUGAUCAAAUUAAAAAUCAUUAUAAGUAUUUUAACCAAUUUAUUACUCAUACGGAUAUUUUAUAUAAUGCAAAAGGAUUUAUAGCUAAUGAAAGUUUAUUAGAAUCAACUACAUUAUUAUUUUCUUGGGGAAACUAUCUUUAUUUUACAUAUUAUCAACCAAAUGGGUCAUUUGAUACCAUUGAAAACUUUAAUUUUCUCUUAUUAUUAUUUUUAAUUAUUUUAGUUUUCAUAGGUACAUACCUUUCAUAUGUUAAAAGAGUAAACAAAAAGUUAUAUAUAGAGUGGAGCUAA